ACCCACAUGAAGACAGAACACGGUCAUUUGCUAGCUCUGACCAAGGCAUUCAGCCCCGUCCCAAGUUCCUUGCUUUAAAGCAUCAGCAGAAAGUACCGUGGGCUAGUACUCUCUCAUUAUGCUGGCGUAGUAUGAGCAUACGAGCAAACAUGGAUAUUACAGAGAUAAUUUCUUCCACUAUUCCAGUGUCGUCCGUCCGUGUUUUGGUUCCGCCUGUUAGGUUGGUAUCUGCAGCACUAUGGCAAGUCGUUGAGAGGGGUAAUGUCCAAGACUACGGAGUGCUGGACACGUUUGUUACCGAGGUGUUAGCGGUCAUCCCGGAUCUGAUGAGCUACCGAGAUACGGUCCAACUCCUCAUGGGGCUGCGAGCGCGGCUGGUUCUGGAGCUGUGCCUUUCUGACCUGCUCGACUCGGAGACCAUCCAGCAGCAACUAGACAGGAUAAGGACCUGCAGCGCCAUCCACAUGGGACAGGAGAUCUCUGAUAAAGACGUGGAAACAUCAGUGUCACACUUUCUGAAGCUGAUUGAAACCCUGCUGGAACAGCCAGCCCAGAGAGAACACUACUUCCAGAACAUGUUUCCAGAGGAGUUUGGCCCCAAGUAUGACUUUGCUCUUCAGACUCUGGUGUGGGAGUUUCUCUCCAGGUUGGACAAUCUUCUUCCUACUCCAACCCUUAAACAGGUGUCAUCGUUUCUCAGCUCUGCCCCCUCUGUCCUGGAGGAGUUGCAGCAGUCUGGGUGUUACCUGAAGCCCUUGAGCACCCUUCUUCUGAACCAUAACAAUACAGGUGGACAUUCCUACACCAACGGUAGGAGAUCCAGCAAGUCUGCUUCAAGUCUACACCUGUCAGGUAAUGUACCUGAAGACAACUACAUCCUCUGUACGCUCUCUGAGUCCUGCCUAGAGACGCUUGACAACUUGGGUGUCCAUGACGACUCAGAGGUCCAAUCAGAGGCUGAGGAGGGAUGUCCUGGUGUUCAAAGUCCAGUCUUGUCUUGCAUCCAGUCAGCUAUACCUUUGUGGUCAGAAUCCAGUCACACAGAAGCUCAGAGGAUAAGUGCUGAUCAAGCAAUGGGCGUCCAAACUGGACCUUCUAGUCCAGAGGAGGAACCAGAGGACAACUUUGAGAGGGAGGAGGAGGAUGGCACAGCAGUUGAACUGCAGACUGCAAAGGAUGAAGAAACAGAUUUGGCUUGUAACACUCUUCUUAGUGACAGAAACCUGGAAACUAGAGAAGAAACUACCAGAACCAAAGGAAUGGUGAUGGACGAGUCUUCAACAGUUAUUUCCUGUCUGCUCCAUCAACCACAGGUUGUUCUAUACAGGAUGGAAGUCACUGAUGAGCUGUUGUCUGGGCUGGAGUCCACCUUAACAGCACAACAACCAGACAGGAGGAAGAAGAAGAGGGCGAGGGUGGGGGAGGAGGGACAUCCACAGCGGAUGAGACGAAAGGUUGUUUCUCGCAAGAGUGACUUCUGUAGGAUGUCACCGACAUCUCGGUCUGAGGAUCCCGGCAAAGCUGUGGCCAAAGAGCAAGGAGGAGGGCUGUCCCCUCUCCGCACAGGUCAGGAUUCUCCCUCUGUUGAUGCGUUGCAUGCUGGGAAGCGUGUGAAAACGUGCUCCCAGUGUGGGAAGAGUUUUUCCAAUGCAAAGGACUUUACCAGACACAUGAUCGUUCAUGCUGAGCAGAUUCCCCACUUCUGCACAGGGUGUGGGGAAGAAUUUGAUGAUUCUGAGAGUUUGGAGGAACACCAGGAGGACUGUCACGUGUCCAGUCACAACAAUGAUUCAGAUUGGGAGCAGGAUGACAAGUCUGUGUCGUCUUUAUCGUCCGUAGAGAUCGAGUCAGAACCAGGGACUCUACCUCAGCAGAAAACCUCCACUAGCCGUGGAGGGCAGAAGAACAAACGACCCUGCCCCAUUUGCAACAAGAAGCUCCACCGUAACUCAAUAACUCAACACAUACGCAACCAUGGUGAGCCAUUGGCAAGAGAGGUUCCACAUCGUUGCGAUGGCUGCGGCUUGAGGUGUUACGUUAAAUCCGAUUAUGAGAAACACACUGAAAUGUGUCUGAAGAGGAUUUAUUUGUGCUGUGAUUGUGGGAAGAGAUUUGAUCCUGCUCCUCCAAGCUCAGAGUGUCCUGGGGAAACGUCUGGCCCGGACACCAGAGAGGCAUCCUGUAUGAACGAAACUGGGGUACAGCAGGUCAACAGCACCACACACUCGACAUCAGCUGCCUCCACCACUCUCCACAGUCAGGGACAACCCUUCAGAGUGGUACCUAAAAGAUCCCACAGAACCUGCCUUUUGUGUAACGAGACCUUCAAAGACACCCACACCAUGGCAGAGCACCUGAAACUGGAGCAUAACAUAAACCCUCACUCGUGUCCUUGUGGGCAAACAUUGACCUCUUUUGAUGAAAUGAAGGAACACAGUCUCAACUGUAUGUCCUGGACAAGGUGCCCUUCCUGCAGAAAAGGCUACGUUCAAUCUACCCAGCUUUCAGAGAGCCAGAGUGUGGAGACAAUCCUCGUUGGUCAGCAGAGCGACCUUCAGUCAACUUCUGUAGAAGACCUCAUGGAGAGCCAGUUGCGUGGCUGCAGUGGUGAGGCCUCUGAGGACGGGCAUGGACCAGACACACGUGUGGGGGGGAAGUCUCCCAGCCGGCAGCAAGACUGUGGGGAAGAGAUCCACCAGAACCUGCAGCCGGGCCAGAAGGACCUAGCGCACAGUAGCCAGGGCUCGGCCCCGAGCCAGAGUGACACAGAGUCUCCUCAGCCACACAGAAGCACCGCCUCCCCCCAGAACCAAACCUCCGUCCGGGGUCCACCCCCCGGUGUGAUCGUGGACAACCGGACGUGUUCUGUGUGCUUCAAGAGGUUUUUCAAUAAAUCGAGCCGGGAUCAGCACAUGAGGAGACAUGUAAAAGGACCUUUCAGCUGCAGCAUCUGUUCCCACAGCUUCGGGUGCAAGAAGGAUCUUGUCAGACAUCAGGCCAAGGUAGUAAACUGUGGGCCCACGCGCCGUAAUCGUACCAUGUUGGACAGAGAGCCGGCAGGAGAAAUCGCGAGCUUCAAGUGUUCCCAUUGUAAUGCUGUGUUCAUGACGGGGAAGAAACUUCAAGUCCACAUGUUGUAUCACACAGGAGACGGCUUCCCCUGUAAGUACUGUGGCAAGGUGUUCAAUACCAACAAAAGCUUGAGGAAUCAUAUAAAAACGCAUUUUGAUAGGUCACACCUCUGUGACACCUGUGGUAAAGGUUUUGCAACAGCAUAUGCUUUGAAAACUCACCUGCUCAGCCACGAUGAUGCUAGGCCCCACCUUUGCACAGAGUGUGGCAAAAGUUACAAACAAAAGUCAUUCCUGGAAUGUCACAUUCGUUUUGUGCAUCAAGCAGAGCGGCCAUAUCCUUGCAACAUCUGCCAGGUACGCUUGUCCACCCUGGCAUCGCUAGAUAGACACUUACAAACUCACAGCAAGGAGACCUUCAGUUGUGUAGAUUGUGGGAAGAGUUCAAAACGGAAGGCAUUCUUGACAAAACACGUUUGUGUAGUCGACCCCCGCUUUUGAUGUCCCUAGAGAACUCUUUGCUGAAGUUGGGUGGAGAAUGUUUGGUACCAGUGAAAAUAAAUCAUGAACAUCA